ACGGCAACGACUUCUAGAAAAGUUGAGCACGCACACAGACCGCAGGCUGUUUGACCUCAUUCGACAGUUAGUUAAUGACUUUGCGCUGACGGCACUUUUUAGAAGUUCUCCUUUUUGCGCUAGAUGGAAUGAAGGUUGGGUAACCUGUGAAGAGUCACCAAUACGCACAGUCGUGGACUUGUAUAAACAUAGAAAAACUGAGAAAAUAUAAAUAACUUCUGGAAUAUUUUUGAGAAUGCAAUUUUUGAAUAAGUGAGACAGGAUGUACAUGUUUUCUUUCUCUGUCAAUUGAUUCGUAUACUAUCUUGUGUAGAAUUGAUUCGUAUACUAUCUUGUGUAGAAUUGCCUUAUUUGUCAUACAGACAACUUCAGUAACGGGAAAAGAGAGCUGCGAAGAGUGGACCCAUAUGGAAAAAAACAACUGAAAAAAGAGACACUGGCUUUUGGAAUAUUUUUCAUAAAAAAAUUAUAUGUGGACAACAAUGUGGUGUAACUAGACUUUAUUGUUUUCUACCAACCCAUAACCCAACCAUGCAGCAAGAACGCUUGCUCAAGGUCCUGGUCAUCGGUGACUUGGGUGUCGGCAAGACGUCCAUAAUCAAGCGUUAUGUCCAUCAGAUAUUCUCUCAACAUUACCGGGCCACCAUAGGAGUAGACUUCGCUCUCAAAAUCCUCAAUUGGGAUCACAAGACGGUGGUGCGUCUGCAGUUGUGGGACAUAGCCGGCCAGGAGCGCUAUGGCAACAUGACGCGGGUGUACUACCGUGAGGCUGUGGGUGCGUUGGUGGUGUUUGACAUGACACGGGCCUCUACCUUCCAGGCUGUCCUCAAGUGGAAGAGAGACCUCGACUCCAAGGUUGCUCUGGGUAAUGGGAGGCCAGUUCCGGCCGUCCUAUUGGGUAAUAAGUGUGACCAACUGAGCACUGGUCUCUGCUCCAAACUGCCCAAACUGGAGAACUUCACCAGAGACCACGGCUUCGUGGGGUGGUACGAGACCUCAGCCAAGGACAACACCAACAUUGAUGCGGCCAUCAUGUGUUUAGUAGAGAGCAUCAUGGCGGUAGAGGAGGAGAGGUCGUCAGGUGGAGAUCCUAGAGACCACAGUGUCCUGCUCCUACCACGCUUUGACUACAAUAUGAAAGAGAGGACAGGGGUGCCAGGGUGUGAUGGGUGUAAUAAAAAGAUUACUCUGCCGGGACGGAGAGAGAUGGGGGAUAUCUGAGGGGGAGGGAGAGACA